UUUGUUCUAACCUUUUUGAUAUUGCAGUCCACUCACGUUGCUCGAGCCAGCUUCCAGGUUGAUGCUUUUGGGUUAUCGUUCAUUCUCGAUGUAACACUAAACCAUGAUCUGCUAUCUUCUGAGUAUCUUGAGAGACAUAUUGAGAAUGGAGGAAAGACAGUUGAAAUUAAAGGAGGAGAGCAUUGCUAUUACCAGGGCCAAAUUCGAGGAAAUCCUGAAUCGUUUGUUGCAUUGUCGACAUGCCAUGGACUUCAUGGAAUGUUCUAUGAUGGGAAUCAUACUUACCUUAUUGAGCCAGAUGAAAACUACACAUCAAAGGAAGACUUCCACUCUGUUUAUAAAUCAAAGCUUUUUGAAUUUCCUUUGGAUAACCUACCAGCAGAAUUCAAGCAAAUGAACACUACAUCACAGAAGUUUGUUGUAAAGUCAAGACACAAAAGGAGUAGAAGACAGGUUCGUCGGAUUCCACAUAAAGUUGAGAAGGAAACAAAAUACAUUGAGCUAAUGAUUGUUAAUGAUCAUCUAAUGUGUAAAAAACACCGGUUAUCAGUUGGCCAUACAAACAGCUAUGCUAAGUCAGUUGUGAAUAUGGCAGAUUUAAUAUAUAAAGAACAUCUAAACACCAGGAUAGUAUUGGUUGCCAUGGAAACCUGGGCCACUGAUAACAAGUUCACCAUAUCUGAAAACCCACUGGUGACCCUUCGUGAGUUUAUGAAAUAUAGGAGGGAUUUUAUCAGAGAGAAAAGUGAUGCAGUUCACCUUUUUUCAGGGAGCCGAUUUCAGAGCAGUCGCAGCGGUGCAGCCUACAUUGGAGGAAUUUGUUCACUAUUGAAAGGCGGAGGUGUGAAUGAAUUUGGAAGGCCAGACUUAAUGGCAGUAACCUUGGCACAGUCCUUAGCCCACAACCUUGGCAUUUUCUCAGAUAAAAGGAAACUAUUAAGUGGUGAAUGUGAGUGUGAGGAUACAUGGUCUGGAUGUAUAAUGGGAGACACUGGAUAUUACCUUCCUAGCAAGUUCUCCAAGUGUGACAUUGAGGAAUACCAUGAAUUUUUAAACAAUGGAGGUGGUGCCUGUCUUUUCAAUAAGCCAUCCAAGCUUCUCGAUCCUCCUGAAUGUGGCAAUGGCUUUGUAGAAGAUGGAGAAGAAUGUGACUGUGGUACUGUUGCAGAGUGUGCCAUUGAAGGAGGAGAAUGCUGUAACACAUGCACACUGACUGCAGGCUCACAGUGCAGUAAUGGACUUUGCUGUAGGAAGUGUCUGUUUGAAGCUAAAGGAGUUUUGUGUCGGGAAGCAGUAAAUGAUUGUGACAUUCCAGAAAGCUGCACAGGAAACUCGAGUCAGUGUUCUCCCAAUAUUCACAAAAUGGAUGGGUACUCAUGUGAUAACAAACAGGGUAUUUGUUUUGGAGGAAGAUGUAAAACCAGGGACCGGCAGUGUAAAUACAUCUGGGGUGAAAAAGUGACAGCUGCUGAUAGGUACUGCUAUGAGAAACUGAAUAUUGAAGGGACUGAAAAGGGCAACUGUGGCAGAGACAAGGACACUUGGAUACAGUGCAACAAACAAGAUGUGCUUUGUGGCUAUCUUCUAUGCUCCAAUAUCUCAAGUGUGCCAAGACUUGGAGAACUUGAUGGUGAAAUCACAUCUUCAGUCAUACAGUUGGGAAAAAUCUAUAACUGCAGUGGUGGCCAUGUUAAGCUAGAUGAAGAGACAGAUCUUGGCUACGUAGAGGAUGGAACACCGUGUGGGACCAACAUGAUGUGUUUGGAGCACAGAUGUCUACCCACUGACAACUUCAACUUCAGCACCUGCCCAGGCACUGCAGAAGGCAAAAUUUGCUCAGGACAUGGUGUUUGCAGCAAUGAAAUAAAGUGUGUGUGUGACCGACUCUGGGGAGGAGAUGACUGCAGCACCCUUUUCAAAGGUCUUGCAAGUUUUGAUGACGAUAUUACCAGCAAAGGUGUUGUUAGCACAAAUAUAAUCAUAGGGGCUAUUGCUGGUACCAUUUUAGUGUUGGCUCUUGUUUUAGGAAUAACAGCAUGGGGCUACAGAAACUAUAGAAGACAGAGACAAAUACCCCAGGGAGAUUAUGUAAAAAAACCUGGAGAGGCCGACUCUUUUUAUAGCGACAUGCCUCCUGGAGUCAGCACAAACUCUGCAUCUAGUUCUAAGAAGAGGUCUGCUUUUCUGUCGCAUUUUCAGAUAUCUACCUGUUCCAUCACCCAUUAUUCCAUUAGUCAGAACAUUUCAUUGUUUUGCAGCAGGUCAAAUGGAUUAUCUCAUUCCUGGAGUGAAAGGAUCCCAGACACAAAACAUAUUUCAGACAUCUGUGAAAAUGGGAGACCUAGAAGUAACUCAUGGCAAGGUAAUAUAGGAGGAAACAGAAAGAAGGUCAGAGGCAAAAGAUUUAGGCCACGGUCUAAUUCAACUGAGUAUUUAAACCCAUGGUUCAAAAGAGAAUAUAAUGUAGCUAAGUGGGUAGAAGAUGUGAAUAAAAACACUGAAGGACCCUACUUUAGGACUCUGUCUCCUGCAAAGUCUCCAUCUUCAUCCACUGGAUCUAUUGCCUCCAGCAGAAAAUACCCAUACCCGAUGCCUCCGCUUCCAGAUGAGGAGAAAAAAGCUAACAGGCAAAGUGCCAGGCUAUGGGAGACUUCUAUUUAGUCCCACUGUUUACCUGGGGUAACAUCAGAACUGUUUACUUCCAAUUUUAUAGAAACUCAGCAUCACUGAGUCAUUGCACAUUCAUCUGCUCUUCAGACAAUUUGAAAGAACAACAGAGAUGCCAGUGACCACAGACAGAACCUCCUCUGGUAUACCAGGGUUAAUAAAGCCAGUCUUUUUGCUGUUGAACAGAAUUUCAUGAAGUCUGUAUAAAGAACAGCUGAAAACAUAAAAAAACUAACCUGGGAUAAAUAGACUGGAUGUGACAAGACUAUUCCGCAUGACAGAUACACAUAGAUUUACAAUUAAAACUAAUUUACAAGUCCCAAAUAAAAGAGGUUUUUUCGUUGGUUUAAUGCAGUCCCAAAUAAUAGCAAAAUUGAAUUCAGAAUUUAGCAUUCUGAAACAUGUGGCCAAUGUUACCAUUUAUGCUGUGUGCAUGAACCCUCUGUUCUUUCCUUUCCACAUGUACGGGAUAAACAACAUACUGUAAUAGAAAUUAGCAUGCAGGAGUAAGAAAUAUAGGAUUUUGCUACAGGAUCUUAAGCUUUGAGGGGCAAAUAUUCGACAUAAACUUCAAACAAACAGGAAUUGCAUCUUUUUUACUUUUCGGGUUUAUAAUCUCAGUAUAUGGAUUGUAUAUAUGUAAACAUUUUAAAGUGUCAAAAAAGAUGUUGUACAAAAGUGUAUUUUGCCAAAUGCCUAAAGAAACAGUCAUGAGUAACUUCAUCACACUUCAAAUGUUCUCAAUAUUAUGAGCAGACAGCUUUGGAAAUACAGUACUGAAAAUGUGUCUUCUCAGAAACUGGUGUUUGAGCAAAAUCUACAGUUUCCCUUUCUGUUAUGGGAAGUUAUGUCUGGGAUAUAUUAGUUAUUAGAAUCAAAAAAGAAAAAAAUACAAUGACAUUUUGUCUUAAAUCACCAUCUAAGGAACCAGCACACACAAAUUGCCUGGUAGAAAUGAUGAGUUUGUGUUUCUUCUCAUUAACAGUGGUGUAAAUCUAUGAAAACCAGAGCCAGAAACUUUAACUAAGAAUGAUGGGAACUGUAUUAGAAACUUGGGAAAACUUCAAAGUGGUUACUAAAGUAUUGGUGGUCGUCUGGCAGAUUUAUUGUGUAUAUGUAAUAAAGCACUUCAAAAUAUGUGUUGGAAUCACACAGCAAAGUACAGCUUGUGAUCUUGUGCUGCACAGUAACUGAAAGCUUGGCAACUGGCCAAUUACAUUUAUUGGUAUCACUUGUAUGGUGUAUUAGUACCUUAUGUGUAGAGUCCCUUAUGUCUCCUUUGCAAUUAAUUUGGGCCUUGAGCUGAAUGCAAGUGAAUCCAGCCCCAUCAAAUUGUGGAUACAAUGACAAAUCCAUUACAAAGGAGACACUAUCCUGCAUGUAAAAUUCCUCAGCAAGAUGGCAUUAUCCAGACUGCCAGUCAUUUGUAUGCUAAGCACUGGAGGAUAUGUCAGACAUACAUUUACAAUUCCAUGAGAGACCUAAAGGAUGUUAUAAAACAUCCAGGUCUUUUGGUUGUAAAUUUUCUUGUAAUAAUAAACAUGGCCAUUUUAAGCAGGUUAAAAAGAAAACAACCCCUCCUGUCAGUACUUCUCCGACUGUAACCAAUUAGCUGUAGUAACUCCAUUGCAGAAUAAUACAUAUUUUUCAGUAUGGGAUAUUAAAACGCAUAGCCAACAGAAAAAAAACCCCAUGAGUUUCUGAAUCUUCUACCUCUUUCCCAUUUUUUCUUUAGUAAGUGACCCUACCAGUAGAGACUUUUUAAUGUACCUGAGUUUAUUUUAUGGUUAACCAAUUUCUCUCUUUGAUUAAAGACAGUCAAAUCUAGAGGAAGGUUAAAUUAACCAUUUUUUAAAGAUGUCAGCAUCUGUAAAGUAUGUAAGAUAAUAGAAAUACUAUAUUUUAUGCAUAAGACAGUGUACUGGGUUAAAUCUACACAAAACUGGCCUAGCAGGUCAUUAUUUUGGUAAGUAUUUUGAAAUGGUGACAAAUACAAAUGAGAGCAGAAUAUGGUUGUAGAGUAUUUGAAAAAGUGAAUGCAACUGCAGUGGUUUUGGGCAGAGAUUUUGCUAUUUGAUGCAGACUAAAUAGUUGCCUGAACUAAUUUUGCAAAGGUUUAUUUUGUAUGUAGGACAAGGAUGGCAGUAUUGCAGACAGUUUCAUCACUCGUGGAAUUGAGAUCUGAUCCACAGCCCCUUGAAGUCUUUGGGAGUCUUCCUGUUGAUUUCAGUGGGCUUUGAAUCAGGCUUUAAGCAUUUCACCCAAAUAAUGACAUUUAUAUGUUAAAAUGACAGACCCCAUGUCUGAAAGUUGGCUUUUUCCUUCCCGCUAGUAUUACGUCCUUCGUAUCUGAAAUGUUUAUCAUGUGCCUUUUCUGAUAUUUGUUUAGAAAACAAGUUUGCAUGUAAUUUUGAAUAACCAUGUUAGAUUUUGUGUAUAUUUUCUACAUUAUCUUCCUUAUUUCCUUUUCCAUUUCCCCAUGAUCAAGAAGCAGCAAGAUUUGACAGAAGAAACUGAAUGUGACAGUGGCGUUUCUGUAACAUUCAUAGCUUCUUGCUUUGAAAAUGAAUUGUUCUCAUGACUGCGCUUUUAAUGUAUUCUGUACUUGCAGCCUCUCUUGUUCUGAUGUCACUCAUUCAUAGCACUUGCUUAUACAGCUCCAUGUAGUGUAAUUUCAGACAUUUCUGAAUUCUGAAAAAUAUGCAGAGACUGGUAAUCUAGUUGUAAGCACUAACUUUAAAUUAAAUAAAAGGUGGCUUUCACUUUGGUGGGCUAGAGAGUGAAAACACCUAGCAUUCAA